AUGAAUGAGAAUAAAGACAAUUUAUUUACUUCUUUAAAAAAUGAUUUAGAAAAGGAGUUAAAACAGUUACAAAAAGAAAAACAAGAGGAAGAAAGAGCAAAUCAAUUAAAAUUAGUUGAAUUAAGAAAAAACAUUUCAGAAGAAGUUGUGCAAAGUUACGAAAAAAAUAAGUCAGAAUUAGUUGGAAUAUUGGAAAAGAAAGAAGCUAACUUAAAAAAUGUUUUAGAACAUUUAAUAAAUGAAAAUAAAAAGGAAUUAGUCAAAGCACCUUAUCAGCAAGUUCUUUCGCAUGGUUUUGUGGUCGAUGAAAAAGGGUAUAAAAUGUCAAAGUCUUUGGGUAAUGUCAUUGACCCUGAGGAUAUUAUCAAAAAGUUCGGUGCUGAUAUUCUCCAAAAACUCCAAGAAAGUCAUCAAAAAAUUCGGAACACUUUACGCUUUUUGCUGGGCAAUCUUGCCAAUUUGCCACCAGAAAUAAAAAACGAACAGGACUUAGAGACAAAUUUAAACCCCGUGGAUUAUUAUAUUCUCCAUAAGUUAGAAAGGUUAAUAGAAGAAAACCAAAAAAAUUUUAAUGAAUACAAUUUUAAUCCUACCUAUUCCUCUUUAUUAAAUUUCUGCAUUAAUGAUUUAAGUUCCUUUUAUUUUGAAAUUAGCAAAGAUAGUUUGUAUUGCGAUAACCUUUAUUCUUUACGAAGAAAACAAAUUAUUACUACCCUUUAUCAUUUAUUAGCAGGAUUAUUAAAAAUCAUUUCCCCAAUUUUGCCUUUUCUUGCCGAAGAAGUUUAUCAAAAUACCCCCUUUAAUUUUGGUUUUGCCGGUCAGGAGAGCAUUCAUUUAGUAAACUGUUCUUAUUUAAAAGUUUCCUCCAAUAAUGAAAAAAAUGUUGCUAUAAUUACUGAAUUCCUUUUACCUUUGCGUCAAGUUGCUUACCAAGCACUAGAAAAAGCCCGCCAAGAAAAAAUUAUUGCUACUAACUCGCAAGCCAAGGAAUUAUUAUUGGUAUCCGAAGUUGAAAUUAAUGAAAAAGAGGAGACUGAUAUUCAAAAGGGUAAUUUUUGUUCAGUCAAAGUGAAGAAGACUAGCAAAGAAAAAUGCAUUAGGUGUUGGAAUUAUCGAGAUUUAGAAAAUAGUCUUUGUUUACGUUGUAAAAACAUAUUAUAG